AUGGACACUUCAGAAAUACACAACAGUAACAGUCUUUUGGAAAAAUGGAAGAAAAAGAACAUAUUAUUUGAGAAGCUUUUUUAUAAUGUAAAAAAUUUGUUUCCGAAAAAUAAAUUACAAUAUACAUAUAUAAAUACAUUUUUGUUAUGUUUGUUCUUUACAUUUAUACAUAAAUACCUUGAUCAAACAUUACCAUCAUUAUAUAAAUCAAUAGAGAAUGAUUUUAAUAUAGACGUAAGGACUUUGUAUUAUAUGAACACAAUUUACAAGUUAGCAUAUGCAACUUGCAAUUUUUUUUUUGCAUUGUUUUUUGAUUAUUCUUUUAAAAAAAUUUCUUCUUUAAAAUGUGAUAAUGUGAAUAAUGCAGAAUUAAAUAAUAAUACUCACUAUGAAAUAAGUUUUAAAAAUGAACUCGAACAUAAGGAAACUUCGAAAUUAAUGGGGGAAAUGAACAUUCGAAUGAAUGAGGAUAAAUCUCCUUGGCUAGUUGGUGAAAUGAGGAAAACAGUAAAAGAAGGGGAAGAAGAGGAAGCAGAAGAAGAAGAAGAAAAAGAAGAAGGAAAAAAAAAAAAAAAAAAUAAAACAAAGGAGGAAGAAAUAGAAGAGGAAGAGAAAUUAUUUGAUGAUAAAAAAUACGCAGAAAAUAUACCUAUAUCAAAUGAGGAAGUGACAUUAGGUGAAUAUGGAUAUACUCUGAAUGUACUCUUUAUAUCAUCAAUAACUUAUAUAAUAGUUAUAUUUGGAAUAAUGAUUUCUAACAAUUUCGUAUAUUUUUUUUUUUUUAUGUUUAUUAUGGGUAUUAAUAAUGCAUGUAUAUAUAUAUUAAUACAAAAAAUAUAUACGAAUAAAGUGUUUAGUGAAAAUAGAAGCACGAUUUUUGGUUUCUUGCAUUUUUUUUCAUCCAUUUCACAUACGUUGUCUAUAUCCAUAAAUACAAAUUUAAGUAAUAAAUUAUAUUUAGGAUUCAAUGGUUGGCGUAUAUGCUAUUUCAUCAUUUCCUUUUUUCCAAUUUUUGUAUGUAUAUAUUUGUUAAAAUUAAUAAAGAAAAAUAAAUUAGGAAAAGAUAGAAGGAAAAAUAACAAUCUGAAUUAUAUGGUAUCAUUUGAUAACUUGGAAGAUUUAUACGAAGAAAAUUUUAAGGGUAAUAAUAAUUACUAUUAUAAUAAAGAAGGAAAUGAUGAAUUAUUAUGCUUUAACUUAUCAAAUAAGGAAAAUGAAUUAGGAAAAGAAGUGUCUACAUUUAAUAUAAAACAGAAUAUUUCGAAAAACGAUACCAUUAAUGAAAUACAAAGGGAAAAAUUCACAGAAGUGAAGAAGACAUAUUACAACAGCAGUAAAUUAAAUAAAGAUGGAUAUAUGUUUAGAGGGAAUGAAAACGAUUCUUAUUUAAAUAAUAUGAACAGAUGCACAGCUAUGGAUAAUAUAAGCACAGGGGAUAAUUAUAAUUCCACAAGUCUUAUAUCAAGUAGUGAUAAAAUGAAUAGUAGUAUUAUCAAGAGGACCAUUAAUAAUUUGUCCUUCAAGAGGGACAGAUUGAAGCAGUACAAUAAGAAUGACCGCGUCAGGUGUGAUGCCCCCACAAAUAGCAGUGAUAAUAAUAGUAAAAAUUGUAGUAACAGUUACGGUAACCAUCACAAUAGCUAUAAUUAUGGUAAUAUCAAGGAGGGCGUAAAAAAUACCUUCCAGAACAGCACAAACAAUGCGAAUGAUGAGAGAAGCUCCGGUUCAAUAUUUACGACUCAGAAAGAUGAAAGUGAUAAUUUUGAGCAAAAGGAUGAACUAUCUAAUUUACUGGAAAGAGGUGGGAACGAAAAGGGGAAAAAAUUAAAAUAUGAAUUUUCGUAUUUAUAUGAAAUAAAAUAUGUUUUUAAAAAUUACAGCUUUUGGUUGAUGAUUACAAUGGGAAUGUUAAAUGCAAUACCAAGACAUGUUCUAAGUUUAAUGAUUUAUUUUUUUCAGUAUUGUAAUAUUUCUGAUUUUAAAAGUGGUUUUAUUAUGUCAUCAAGUUGGUUAUGUGCAAGUUUAAUAUCACCAUUUAUUGGAAUAAUAAGUGAUUAUAUCUACAAAUUGAACAAAGAUAUAAAUCGUCAACUAAUAGGUAUGAGUACCCACUGCUGUAGGAUUGUUUUAAUGUUUACUUUAUUUUUUUUUAUACCAAAAGAAGCAGAUUCUUUCAUUUAUUUUGUAAUUAUUUCCGUAUUCAUGGGUAUAUUAAGUGGAUGGAUAAAUAUCGGUACGCAUAAACCUAUAAUCAUUGAUAUAGUUAAACAAAGACAUACAGCUUUUGUUAUGGCAUUAAUGAAUGCAUUUGAAAAUAUUGGGUCUUCCAUUGUAGGUACCUUUUUUUUAUCCUUUUUGUUAAAUCGAUAUAAUUAUAUUGAUAAAAAGAAUAUAAAAGGUAUUAACACGAAUGUUAAUAAACAUAAUGUUCAUGUUUUGUCAGAUGUUUUAUUAAUUCUCACUUGUUUACCAUGGUUAUUGUCCUUUUGUCUUCUAUAUGUUCUUAAAUUUACGUAUAAAAAAGAUAAAAUGUAUAAUAAUAUAAUUUAA